CUUGUCAUGGUCCCCAUCAAUCGUAAGCAUACAAAGAUUAGCGGUGCCCAACCAGAAGUGUGCAAGCGUGGAGAUUUUAUGGACCGUAUGUAAAUAAGACAAUCCUAGCUCCAAAAAUUUCCGCAGUUUCUUCACACACAUUCCAGCAUGAUCUCAAAGAUCUCCGGCCUUCUCUUCUUCCUUCUCUUCUCCCCCUUCUCCUCCUCUUCCUCUCCCUACUCCGACCUCUUCGAAUCCUGGUGCCUGGAACAUGGAAAGACCUACACCUCCGAGGCCGAGAAGCUAGCUCGCUUUCGGGUCUUCGAAGACAACUUGGCUUUUGUGGAGAACCACAACGCCGCCGCUAAAUCAACCUAUUCCCUAGCCCUUAACGCCUUUGCUGACCUCACUGUCCAUGAAUUCCGCGCUGCUCGCCUCGGCCUUAGCCUUGGUCUCAACCUCGAGCUCGCCAGCGCUGGAAAUGGCGAUCGGGCGGUCUUCCAGGGAUACGAUGCUGCUGUUCCGGACUCAAUUGAUUGGAGGGAUAAAGGGGCUGUCACCCAAAUCAAGGAUCAGGGAAGCUGUGGUGCUUGUUGGGCCUUCUCUGCCACCGGUGCAAUUGAAGGAAUAAACAAAAUUGCUACUGGAUCUCUUGUGAGCCUAUCUGAACAGGAGUUAAUCGAUUGCGACCGAAGUUAUAAUAGUGGUUGUUCUGGUGGGCUGAUGGAUUAUGCUUUCAAUUGGGUAGUGAAAAACCGUGGAAUUGAUACAGAGGAAGAUUAUCCAUUUCAUACUGCAGAAAGUAGUUGUCUUAAAAAUAAGUUAAGUCACCGGUUUGUGACAAUUGAUGGCUAUACUGAUGUGCCUUCGCACAAUGAGAAAUUACUGCUGCAGGCUGUUGCUACUCAACCAGUUAGUGUUGGUAUUUGUGGCAGUGAGAGAGCAUUUCAGUUGUAUUCAAAGGGAAUUUUCACUGGCCCAUGCUCUACAUCAUUGGAUCAUGCCGUGCUGAUUGUAGGUUACGGUUCAAACAAUGGAGUAGACUAUUGGAUUCUAAAGAACUCAUGGGGAACGAGCUGGGGAAUCAACGGAUAUAUGCAUAUGCUUCGUAAUGGUGGAACUACUCAAGGUGUUUGCGGAAUAAAUAUGCUGGCUUCUUUUCCAACUAAGACAAAUCCAAAUCCUCCGUCUCCUACCCCAGGUCCAACCAGGUGCAACAUGCUGACAUAUUGUCCUUCUGAGACUACCUGCUGCUGCACGAGACGCUUUUUAGGGCUAUGCUUUUCUUGGGGCUGUUGUGAACUGGAUUCAGCAGUAUGCUGCAAGGAUAAUCGAUACUGUUGCCCGCAUGAUUAUCCAGUCUGUGAUAACGGGACUAAGCAGUGCUUUAAGAGUACCAAGAACUUCACUGGAGUCGAUGGAAUUGAAAAGAAAAGCUCUUUUGUGAAGUUUGGACCUAUAAACCCUUUUCUUGCUCAGUGGGGUUUAUAAACGGUAAAUUGCUGUUCAUAUCUGUACCUGAUGUAAAUGAACAUGUGAUGGCUUCACAGUCAUUUCACCAAAACUCUGCUUGAUGCUUGGAAAUAUCUUUAAAUGCUUUAUUUCAAUGUAUACCAAUUAGAUUUCUGAGCUCCAAUGAAGAUUUGCAUUAGUACGUUGAUUAUCUUUUGUUGUGUUUUGCAGCUAAUUUUCCAUGAGAUACAACAGUACAUUAUUACUUGCUGUAACAUUUUAGCACACCUGCUGAUAUUUAUAUAUUUGAAGUUUGUA